CUGAAAUAUAUAAAUAUUUAGCAACUUGUUUUUGUGCCUGCUAGGAAAUUGUGCUUCCAUUUAUUGAAAAAAAUAAGUUAACCACUAAGGCACAUACAUAGCGAACUAUAGUGCGUCAGUAAUGGAUUACACAUCAUGUUGCAACGCAAAGAAAAGAUAGCUCCUCUGGCCAAUUGGAAGACAGCUGUUGCGAACAGGCCAUUCGCCUAGAAAAGUUCAUCAACAAUCCAAGAAGUAGCUGAAGGCAUCCCAGUAGUAACUGAAUCCAAUGCGCCAGUAGCAUUUGACCCGAAGAAUCCCCUGAUUGUGGCCAUUGCCAUGUCCGUGUCCCUGGAGACUUACACCCGGCGGGUGCUGUGAUGGAGCGCUAGGUUCUGGCCAGGAUGUGGCCAGCCGCCCUGACACGCCUGCUGCGACGCCGGAUUGUGUACAUAGUGCUGGUGGUACUGCUGCUCAUCUACGGAUUCGGACACCUUUUCGAUCGGGACUCGUUUUCGGGCCUGCACUAUGACGAGUACAUGGUGCAGCGCACCCGUCCGCUCUUGUGGACGCAGCAGCUCCUGGCGCCGGAGGAGCAGCUCAAUCGCACGCGCGGCGAUCCGGAAGCACGCUGCCGCAACUCUGUCCAGGGCCGCCAAUGGCUGGCCGACGAACGAGGAUUCGUGUGCCGACGCGAGGAGGUGCUAACCAACGGCUGCUGCAAUCUGGAGCUGCCCGGCAUUGGAUACUACAGCUGCCGCACGUGCAACACCAGCACCCACUGUUGUGGUGUGUACGAGUAUUGCGUCUCCUGCUGCCUGCACCCCGGACAACAGCCGCUGCUGGAGCGCGUCCUGCUGGCGCCCAACACGCCCAAGUACAUAUUCGCCAGCGUGACGGACCACUUCGAGCUUUGCCUGGUCAAAUGUCGUACAAACUCACACUCCGUGGAGCACGAGAACAAGUACCGCGAUCCGGCAGCCAAACAUUGUUAUGGUCUAACCGAGGCGCACGAAUCCCAGCGGGAUGUGGCGCCCCAGGGAGCCAGUCGCAGCUGACCACCGCAUCCCGUCCACCGUCCAAUGCGAUGACUCUGCCUUCUGUACAAAGCUUUCGGCCGGAGCAAAUAUAGACGUUCAACUGAUGAGCUUUACCUCGAACUAGAAAUGAGAAAGUUUUUAGUCAUCAGCUGGUUCGUUGGCAAUAUUUUACUAAGUCAGGGAUCGCUUUAGGUUAGAAAUAAUACGUUUUUUCUCUUAUUUGCUGCAUAUUUAUAGUAAACUGUUCAUGAAUAAUAAUUGUAAAACAUAAUCGAACAUACGUAUGCUAAAUUGAAUUCAGUUUGUAUAUUUAGCUUACUUAGACAUUGUAAAUAACGAGUAGCUCUCUAUUAUGUUUUUUCCAUUUCAUUCAUUUCAUUUUAUAACGUACUAUUGUAAAUAAUUUAU